AUCGUGCUUGGACUAUCGUGUAGACAGAGACAGCCAAGUAGAUACCAGAUCUACUAUUUGGUCCUAAUUUUACGUUUCACACUUGGCACUCCCGAACGAGAAACUGAUCGUUCAGUACAGUGCAGAGCAAGUCUGCAUUUUCGAGCGCGGCAAGGUUUGGGUUGGAAUCCUCGAAGAUCAUUCUCUACAACAGUAGUUCCUAACACUGUAUUAGAAUGCUGUACCUUCCAAGAGUUGCUUGAGUCCUGAUACGCAUACACUAUCUGUAUUCAGUUCAAAUCACCUCCGACGAGCACAGACCUGACCACUGGAGGGUACGGGCCAGGAGGAGUGAAACCCAAAUUGGAAACCCUAGAAGGCUAGCCUCUCGCUUUGGCCUACUCAGUGAACAUUCCCUCCCUUCCACACCCACCAGCCCGAUACGGAUAAGGGCAGGAUGCAUCAAAAUGGGACCGCUGAUUUCGGCACACGAUGUGUACAGUUUGUGAUCGGAUUCUGUUCGGCCAGCUCCAGAUUUGGGGGUUUCGCGGUACAGUACCCCAUUUUGGAACGAUCACGCCGCGUUGUUCUACAGUACUAAGGGUCUCUAGCAGCGUACUGUUUACUUCUACAGAACGAAGCGCCUGCCGAUAAAAAGGACAGCGUCAUUGAAUUUCCGGAUUUCCUUAGGUUCAGCUCGGUUGGUUGCAUGCUCGACGCGGUGCAACAGAUCGCAGUGCGGUGGGUUUCGCCGAACCGCCACUUGGGACACGAUCGCUCUCGAAGAGUGCCCUUGGAGUGGCAGAAUCGCCUCGCCACGUUCGCCUCGCCGAAACCUCUCUGUCACCAGAGGUUCCCUGGACUCUCCGUGGAGCAACCGCCCUCCGGUCGCGCAAGCUGCCACGUAUGUGGUGGGUGGGAGCAAGGGCUGGCCAGCAGUCAGCACCUGGAGGAAUCCGGGUGUGCAAGCGAGAGACGUGCUGGUUUUCAAAUGGAAGGGCACCACUAGCCUUGGAGCGAGGUUGCUUGGUCGUUUGGGCAAGAAGCACAGCGUUGCAAUGGCGGCUUCCCAGGAGGAUUUCAAGGCGUGCAAUACCAAGAAGGUCGACCGCAUGAUAGUGAAGCCAAGGAGGAAGGCCAAGAAGUCAUUUAUUCUUGACUUUUCUGACUACUAUUUCUUCAGUACGACGGGCAAGGAUUGCGCCCAGGGUAUGAAAAUAACCAUUAAUACUUGAUUAGCACUACUACUAAACCAUGGUAGUGAGAUAGGCAUGUGACCCAUUAACAUAGUUGUAAGGUAGCUCCUAAUUGCUUUGGUUUGAAUGAAUGACUUAUCUAUGA